AGAAGAGCAGCGCACACAAUGCACUGCACGGCUGACAAGGGUUGUGUCUCACCGAUUUUCACCAUAAAUUUUCAAUUCGGUGGAAACUUGUGAAGGGACAGCUGCGGGUCCGAUCGCUUCCUCUCUACAACUAUUGUCCACCAGGAUUUGCCCCAAACGUGGCUUCGUUGUUACAACACCGCGACGAGUGGUCGAACUUCUCCCAAACAGUGGAUUUACAGAGAGAGGGCUGCAGGAAGGAGCAGCCUGGCCCGACGGGGGCUUGGUCGACACCCUCGUUUAUGGAAAUCCACACCGAGGCAUUUACGUUUGGGCCUUAUUUUUUCUUUCCAGAUGGAAAACGGGACAUGUUUGGUUGUUAGUGGAGAUGCACAAUAUUGCAGCACAUGUCCAAUAGCUCGGUAAAAAUCGUUUAAUCGGCUAUUCGUUUCUGGGAAAACAGAUUGUUGUUUAGCCGACCAACAGUGGUUAGCCUGUGUGCUAACGUUACGUCUUUCUUUUGAUGUGAUGCGAAUUCAACCAUUACAUACGGCUAUUGAAGCUUCGACAGCAAACAUUACUACUAAACAAAUACAUAACGGAAAGCUGUACGUCGUAGCGACCGUCUUGUCACUUUUACAAGGCGCAUGAAAAAUAGAAUUGUAUUCUUGUAUUGCGGGCUGCAUAAAUGGUUAUGUAUCAAGCUAGCCGUGUGUGCAAAGGGCUACGGUGCCUGUGAUCAACACGGAGCUAGUUAGCAUUUUGCAGGUAAACUCAACCUAACAGCUGAUUUUAUUCAAUUUAUUAGUUUGUGGAAACAACCCACGAUAAUUUAACAAGAUAUACUGGCACAACAUUUGCGUUAAUCCGAACACCUCUCACAAUAGCCUCGCUGUUUUAGCCUACCAUUUUCUCUAUUAAAUUGGUCAGCGUGUGUGAAAAUAGGAAAUCCUAUAUUUGCGUUGAACAAAUGUAAAUUUAUUUGUGAAUAAAGCCAGCUUACAUUCCGAGUAUCUUAUCAGUAAAACAGUUGGACGUGUCUUUUUGUUUUGUUUACAUGCGUGUAACUUAUGUAGUUUUCGUUUGAAUUUCCUGCUAGCGAGCUAAGGUUAGCCUCCUCUGAGACACAAUCAGCCAUGUCCUGACAUCUGUCUGUGCCUCUGUUUUGGACGGUUCCAAUUUCUGUGUGGAUCCUCGUUUUUUCAAAGUGAAAUGACACUCAAAAUUCGGCGAAAGAAAGGCACAGAUGCCAAUGGACUGUCGUCACAGGACGGUGAAUAAAAACAAUCACUGCUUUCAUUAACGCCAUUUUAACGGAGGCUCUCUUCUUUGCGAGGGCCUGUGUGGUGGUGUUGUCUUUGCGGUUCGGUGCCUUCCACCGGACCGGUACUAGAAUAAAGUGCCUUUGGUCUGAGUGGAAGUGACAGAGGGAGGAGCCGUUCGAACAUGGAGGGCCCGAGCCGAAGCACUGGAUUCAGGCAAAGCAGGCGCUCCCGUUCACAGCGCGACAGGGAGCGGCGAAGGCGGAGAGUGGACCUGGCGGAGGAGCGGGCCACAUCCCUGUCCUCAGGCUCCGACAGGGAGGCCGGUGGGACCAACAGUGUGCGGGGUCCCGGUGGGAGAGAACGCCGUCCCGCUUUUGGGAGGCACAGACCUCCACGAAGAAGGAAAAGGGAGUCGGUGUCCUGCGAGGAAGACAUUAUUGAUGGCUUUGCUAUAGCGAGCUUCAUCAGUUUGGAGGCUUUGGAGAUGGACUGCUCUCUGAAGCCCACUCAGCGCAAUGAUAUGCUGGGAAGAAGGAACAAGGGCAAGAGGGGGCCAGAGGAGAACGGUGGAGGUCCAUUGUCUGAGCCAGAGGAAGGAGUGCCACACAGCUUCACAGCUAGAAACAAGAGGAGAAAGAUUGAGGGACAUCCUUUGGAAACUGGCUACAUUUGUGACACUGAGAGUGACACUGGAGACAAGGCUUCUGACAAUGAAAUGGACCCUGUGUUUACAGUCAGCACAAGAAAAGUUGUUGAUCCAGCACCCUCCAACAUGGGCACAUCCAUGGGAAAAAGCUGCCCGCCCAUACCCUCUCGCUGUGGUGGCGUCUCACGACUGAUGGUGACCCCAAGAGUAUCUGGCCUAGAGCGAAGCCAGGAGAAAAGCCUGGAGCCACAUUUCCCAGAGCCAGUCCCUUCUUCUACCUCUUCUGCCCCCUUCUCUCUGCCUUCCCACUCUCCAGUCCCAACUUCAGGCACCGUGCCCCAGCUUAGUCCCAUCAAUGGCAACGGAAGUCGCCACAACUGCAGUCCUCCACUCUCCAAACCGAAGCCCUUUCUCAAUCGACCUCACUCCAUUUAUAACAUCAACAACAGGAGCAGCACACCAGUUAAACCAACAACCUCUGCUUCAUCCGUUGUGUCAUCCUCAUCCACCAUGCGCCCACCAACUCCCUCUACCAGUGUGUCUCUCCCCUAUAUCAGGGUCUCUGGGACCUCGGGACCCCUUCGCCCUCCAUCCAGAGCUGGUUCAGGAGCCUUGUACACGCCUUCUCCCGGGCUUCCUCCUCCUCCACCACUGCUACAAGGUCCUGCCAACUCAGCAGCAUCAGAGCGUGAGGGCAGACGCAGCGUCCCCGGCGUUGAAAACAACACGGCUGCUGCCUCCAGCCGCUCCUCUCCUGGUGGUGCAUCAGCAUCCAGCAGUGCACCGGGAUCCUCGGGCCGGACAUCUCAGAACCAGCCGAGCAUCCCACCCAUGGCCUUCCAAUUUCAUCAACACAACCACCAGCACCAACACACGCACACACAUCAACACUUCACACCCUUCCUGCACCCUACGGCUUCUGCACCACCUCUGUUUGAUAAAUAUGCUGGCAAGAUUGAUGGGCUUUACAGACAUCCUUUCUUCCCACAAUACCCACCGCCCUCAGUGCCCAGUAUCCAGCCUGUGAUUCCUCCAACUGGGCCUUUCAGCUCCUUGCAAGGAGCAUUUCAGCCAAAGCCUCUUGUCCCUCAGGGAACGGGUCCUGAUAUAUCUGCACGACUUGGUGUUGUGCCUCACCACCUACCCAAAGACCCUAGGCUUACUGAUCCAUUUGGGACAUCGUUGAAAGUCAGUAAUAAACCAGGAAAAUGGUGUGCUAUGCAUGUGUACGUGGCCUGGAUGAUUUUGAAUCAUCAGAAAAAAGUAAAGCUGAUGCAGGUUGAUCCUCAUAAGUUAGACUUCCGUAGUGACCUGCUGACCCGUCUUCCUGGAGCUGGGGGUCUUGGCCCUCUGGGUCCCAUGGGAGGAGGACUUCCUCCAGCUCAUGACCUGACCAGACCUCCUAGUCUCUUCUCAGCUACAGGUGCAGUCAAUCCAUCUUCGGCUACAUUCAUUACUCCUUCUACACCUCACUCCUCAUUCCUUGCACCAACUGCACACUUGGACCCAUAUGGCCGUUCUCCUCCUUUUACCCCUUUGGGAGCCCUGGGGUCUGGUGCCUUUGGAGGUCUUGGCAGUCCAACACUGGCUGGCUCUAUGUUCGGCCCGAAGGACUCUCCAGCUAACUUGCCCACCCCUAACCAUCACGAUGCAUGGAACCGUCUACAUGGUGCCCCACCAGGCUUCGCUGUUGGCCCCAGUUGGGCCAAAGGGUCAGACAGAAGGGACGAGAGGGAUCGAAUGAAGGAUGCAGAGAGGAGAGAUAUCCCACAUAUCAAGGAUGAAAAGGACAGAGACAAUAUGCUGUAUGGCCGACAACCUGUGAGAAUGUCUCCAGUUGCCCCGUCUUUCAAACUACGUAGUAAUACUCCAGUCUCCCAUAUCAAUGGCCACAGUGGCGCUCCGGGCAGGAGCAGUGGACCUAUUGAGGACUUGACACGCAGUUUAAAUAGAGACAGAGAUGGGGACAAGAGGCCAGUGCCUACAGUGUCCUCACGAGCACUUCCUCUGGCAUCUUCAUCUUUAGUAGCAGAAAGAGACCGUCCACGGUCGUCCUCAUCCUCUGUACUCACAACUCCUCCACCCUCCAAUCGCUCAGCCCCAUCUCCCUUGGAUCUCUACCCGCGUCCAAUGGCCCCAACAGCUCAUGGCCACCACAGUGAACCUUCCCACUCACAAAGAGAUGGUAAUCCUCCUGCCUCCUCCACAGCUUCUGCCUCUAUAACUUCUUUGUCCCAGUCCAGGAAACAAGAUCGGACCAUGACACCUGUCUCCAAACCUCCAGUGCAUCUUCCAACAGUGAAAGUCAAAGAGGAGCGUAAGGAGGAGCCUGAACACAUCCCCAUCACGCUGCCUCCACCCAUGCCCAGCCACAGCUUUGACCGUCCCAACAGCCAUCCCCACCACCCUAGUUCUGGUACUCCUUCUUCUUCCUCUCUAUCACUGACUCCAACUCCUGGUGUUCCCCUUCCUCCUCCUACUCCAAACCCUCCUUCCCACCAGCACCUUUCCCUGCUCGACCGCCCAAGAGCCAUGGAGGCAUAUCUGGGUAGCACAGCAGGACCCCCAGGUUUUGUAGUGGGUCCAGGAGAGCGUUUCCCUCAUGGUCCAGCUCAUGGACCACCACAGGGUCCUCAUACUUUCACUUGGGACCCCUGGAGGGAGCUGGCAGCUCAGCAGCAACAUCAGCAACGUAGGGAGGCUUUGGCACUUCGAUCAGACCCACAUCUCGCAUUGCGUACAGAUCCACAUCUGGCUCGACUGCUACAGCAUCAACGUCAUCUUCUGGAGGCAGAGAGGGUUGCGGCUGUAGCAGCGGCCGCAGCAGCAGCUGCCCCUCACCAUCCUCCGACUUCUACCUCGUCUGCAUCCAACUCUGUUGUUCGUCAGGAGUUUGGCCUCAUGGCUCAUCCUUUUGACCGCCAUCAUCAGCUCGGACCCCCAGGAGGAGGGCUUAUUGAUGAGGAGCAGCGUGCCCAGAUCUUGAGAGAAGACUUUGAGCGGGCCCGCUACUUUGGAAUGCACCCACAUCUCCCUCACGCUUCUCACCUCUCAAGUCCCUCUCAUGCUGCUACUGCUGCUCACCUUGAACAGCUCCACCAAGGCCUUCUUGGCCACCCACUCCCACCUGGAGCCACUGCUGCUUCACAGCACCAUGCAGGACUCUACACCCGCCUGGGCCCACUAAACCCACACCAUUUGCCCAAUGGUAUCCUUGCAAAAAGCCCUCCCGGGUUAGUGGGGGCACUGGCUAUGGGGGCACCGCCCCCACUUAUCCCUUCCAUGUCUAGUCGAGCAUCAACACCUCCUCGCAGACUCGGAGGGCCAAGUGAGCUGGCGCUGUACAGUGCCCACAAAGACGGAGAGUCCAGAUAGUACAGGGAUAACACUGGAGGAGAUUCAAGGACCUGUCAGGAUCACUGUGCUGCUCUUAACCUGCCCUCUCCCUCUCCCCCUUUCCUCUUGCAGACUACUAAACCCUGUAGUCCGGUUUACACAACCUCCCACAGAAAAAGGGGAACAUGACUGCCUUGAGGGGUUGGUAGGGAGGGAAAUGCAAGAAUCAUCAGUGUGACUUGGAAUAUGCCCUAUGUUUCUAUUAGUGCAAUUUAAGGUACAUCGUUUCUGUGCAUCUUUAUUGUUCUUUUAUUUUAUUCUGACUGUUGGUUUUUACAGUAGUCACUUUCAAUAGCUGUAAGAAAGGGCCAAGGACAGAUUUAUUUAAUUUGUCAGGAGAAUCACAAUCCAAGCAAGAUGGAUUAGAAUUAUCUUCCAGAGGCAUUUAUACAGCUUGGUGAACUCAUUAAAUAAUAUAUAGCCCUCUACUACAUAAGUUAAGCCUGGUAUGGUGUUGGUGAGGGUUCUAAAACACAGUGGUAAAGUGGUGCUUUCUGUUCUGUCUCUAUGUAUUUUUGUCAUUGUUUAAAAAAAAAAAAAAAAAAA